AUCAUGAAUAUGCAAACCCAAAGUGAAAUCGAAUUGAAACUUUCGGCCUUUGAGAAAUUAGGGGACAAUCCAACAGAAGUAGAUAUUAAAUAUGUGAGCUAUUUAUUCAAAAUCCCAUUACAAACUAUACGUCAAUGGUUAGAAGAAAGAGCUGGAGUGGAUUUUUAAAUUGAUCUAUCACCAGCUGAUGACAAAGAAUGUUCAAUCAUAGGAGGAAUGAAAAAGAAAAAUAUUAUAAAUUCAUAAACUUAGGUUAAGGAAGAAGAAGCUUAACAGAAAUUAAUAAAAAAUUAAUCCAUAAAAUCAUAAAUAGAUGUUAACUAAAAUCAGGAUGCAAAAAAAAAGAAACAAAUUGAUAAAAUUAAAUAGAGCGAUCCAAAUAAAAAGGCUUAAAAGGCUUUAAAAAAAUAGGCAAAAUUGGCUGCUAUAUAAGCUUAAUACUCCACAUUUGAAGACUGCAAAACUCAAGAAAAAUAUAUUUUCAAUAAUUCAAACUUGAAGCUGCCUUUGUCUAUAUAAACUCAAAAAUUAGUUUAAUAAAUUGAUAUUUCAAAUAAAAUUAAUAACAUUGUAUAAAAUAUAGACAACCGUAAUCAAUAACAAAGUUUAUUAAUAAGAAAAGAAGCCAAACAAAAUAGAUUACUAAGCUAAAAAAAGAAAUUAAUUCGUUUGGAUAAAGAAAAAAACUAAAAAGAUAUGAAUGCCUCAUAUAAUUAUUAUAAUUCUUAAAGUAAAGGAUAGUAAAAGUAAUGCUUAAUUAUUAUCGAUGAUGAGAUAAAUUAGAAAAACUAAUUAACCAUCAAUCCAAACAAGAUUUAUUCUAAUUAUUAUUCAAACUAAUCUCAAAAUAAAUACCAUACUAAUGAGAAACUAUAACUUUUAUAGGAUUUAUCAUAUUUUUAAGAUAAAAAAAUAAAAAAACCCAUUAAGUAACCAUUACAAGAUUUUCAGCAGGUAUAGAAUAAGCAAUAAGAAAUAAAGUAAAAUGAUUAGAAAUAGAAUACAAUAUUAACAAAUCAUUCAAAAAAUUAUCAGUAAUCAUAAGCUUAUCCUCUAAUAAAUUAAGCAUAAAUAUAGAAUUUUUCAGUAUAAAAUAACGAAUAGAUACAUAAAUAAAAGCAAUAAAAUGAAAAGAAUCCAUUAAAUACUUAACAUCAAAAUUUGAAUUAACAAUUUUAGAAGUCAAAUUCAAAUGUAAGCUAUUAAUCACAGAAUUUAACACAAUUGCCUUCUUAAUAACAAUCAAAUCAUAUCCCUUUAAUUACUAAUUCUCAAUCAAUAAUCGCUUUAACAAAUUUAACUAAUUCGACAAGCAAUACUUCGCCAAAUUAAACUACACCAUCUUAAGUUGUAAAUUAAGAAUCUUUGUAGCAGUAAUAAGCUUAUAUUGGUUCUGAAUUGAGUCUUAUAUAAGAUUAAAUUAACCAAACCAUACAAGGACCUAUUUAAUAAACUAUUACGGAUAAGAAACUAUAAUUGCCCAAUUAUUUAUUAGAAUUGAUUCAGAUGUUCAAUAACAAUUCUUAAGCCUUAGGAUAAGCAGUUUAAUAGAUUACAGCAGUAAGCAAUUAACAAAUGGUUUUAAUGGAGAAACUUGAUAUAAUUUACGAAUAUGUUAAUACAAAGUGA